GGGGUGGUGGAAGCGGGGUCCCCGCAUCACGAGGUGCCCUAACCCGGCACCCAUAACCCGGAGGCCCGCCCGCGGGCGACCCCCGGAGGGCCAGGCCAGGGUGUCUGGGGCGCCGUGCGACCGGGGACCCACCCCGUCGGCCCGACUAUUUGCAUAACGGAGACCUUCGCUUCCCCCGCCCCUCCGCCGCGCUCUUCUUCCCUCCUUCGCCGUCCCCUCCACCCCUCAGCCCCAGUCCCCCGCUCCUCCCCAGCAGACCCUCCUGCCGGGACCUGGCGCCGGGCUCCCAGCUGCCGGGCUCCCCUGCGGCCGCGGCGCGCGGAGACUGGCGGCACCUGGGGGAGGGGAGUGCGGGGCCGGGCCGGGCCGGGGAAGACAUCUGGGGCACUGCCGGGCGCUAACAAAGGGAGCGGCUGCGGGCCGGCGAGGGCGCGGAGAGGGCUGAGGGGCCGCAGCCCCGGCGGCCGAGCGCGCAGCGAGUGAGGUAGAGCCGAUUGUGCAGAGCUUGCGGCCAGCAGCCCACAGAGAAGCAGUGAGCCCCAGCUGAAAUGAAUUGGCCUCCUUGAGUGUGCCCACACCCUGGUGCCCAGCCUCUGUCCCAGCAGUGAGGUCUUCCCCGUCCAUGAAGGCUUUGAUCCCGGGCUGGAUGUGGGCUCCUACUCCUGGGCUAAGAUUCUUGAACACCUUGUUUGCAAGAAGAAAACGCUCACUUAUUUGGCACAUGAAGCUGAGCCACAGGCCCUGACCUUGUCUCUGGGAGCAUCGAGAUGUGUUUUGAUCAUCCUGAGAAAAAUGAGCCUUGGCCUCCAGACCCCAUAAAGCCAACCUUCCUCCUAUGGAGAAUAGUGCUGGUUCCUGAGGACCUGCUGGGCCUGCAGCCCCAGGGGGAUUAGCCGGGAGCAGGGCUGUUUCCUGCUCAGAACAGAGUGGCUACCUUGAGCACAUCUUUCAUUAUGAUUCACGCCAACUUGAAGAAAAAGUUCAGCUGCUGUGUGCUGGCCUUUCUGCUGUUUGCAAUCAUCUGUGUGUGGAAGGAGAAGAAGAAAGGGACUUACUAUGAUUCCCUUAAGUUGCAAAGCAAGGAUUUCCAGGUGUUGAGAGGUCUGGAGAAACAGGCUGAGACUUCAAGCAGCACCCAGGACCCCCACAGGGGCAGCCAGGCCCUCAGCAGCCCCCGGGGCCCAGCCAAGGCCAAGCCGGAGGCCUCCUUCCAGGUGUGGAACAAGGACAGCUCUUCCAAAAACCUCAUCCCCAGGCUGCAGAAGAUCUGGAGGAACUACCUGAAUAUGAACAAGUAUAAAGUGUCCUAUAAGGGGCCAGGGCCGGGGGUCAAGUUGAGUGCCGAGGCCCUGCACUGCCACCUCCGGGAACGUGUGAACGUCUCCAUGGUAGAGGUCACAGAUUUUCCCUUCAACACCUCCGAGUGGGAAGGCUUCCUGCCCAAGGAGAACAUUAGGACCAAGGCUGGGCCAUGGGGCACGUGUGCUGUGGUCUCAUCGGCAGGAUCUCUGAAGUCCUCCCAGCUCGGCCGAGAAAUAGAUGAUCAUGACGCAGUCCUGAGAUUUAAUGGGGCGCCCACAGCCAAUUUCCAACAAGAUGUGGGCACGAAAACCACUAUUCGCCUGAUGAAUUCUCAGUUGGUCACCACUGAAGGGCGCUUCCUCAAAGACAGUUUGUACAACGAGGGAAUCCUAAUUGUGUGGGACCCAUCUGUUUACCAUUCAGAUAUCCCAAAGUGGUACCAGAGCCCUGACUACAGCUUCUUUGAGAACUAUAAGAGUUAUCGCAAGCUUCAUCCCGAUCAGCCCUUUUACAUCCUCAGGCCCCAGAUGCCUUGGGAGCUGUGGGACAUCAUUCAAGAAGUCUCCCCGGAGGAGAUUCAGCCCAACCCCCCAUCCUCUGGGAUGCUUGGCAUCAUCAUCAUGAUGACGCUGUGUGACCAGGUGGAUAUUUAUGAGUUCCUCCCGUCCAAGCGCAAGACUGAUGUGUGUUACUACUACCAGAAGUUCUUUGACAGCGCCUGCACGAUGGGCGCCUACCACCCCCUACUCUUUGAGAAGAAUCUGGUGAAACACCUCAACCAGGGGACAGAUGAGGACAUUUACCUGCUUGGGAAAGCUACGCUGCCUGGCUUCCGGAGAAUUCGCUGCUGAGCGUGGGCUUCCUGGUCAGGUCCCCUCACCCUUCUCCACCGAGCGUGGGCAGAUCACAUUCCCGAACAAUCACAGCCUGCACCGUGGGCCUUCUGUCAGCAAGAGCCUCGGGCUGCAGGAGUCCCAAGAGCAAGCAUCCAGGUCCAGCCUGCCCCGUAGCUGCAGAGGUGUGUGUGUGACCCCCAGAGCCUCCUGCCACACACAUGUGCACACACACCUAGCAUUCUUUCCACACACAGGCAAAUGCGGGAUCCACCUUUCUCCCCAGGGCUGCCAAAGCUGGGCUGUUUUCCCCACAGGAGUGGCGUUAUUCUCACAAACCAGCACUCUCUGUUGCUUGAAAUCUGCUCCUAGAUACUGAAUUCGUGUUUUAAAGAAAUUCUCCUAAAUGAUGAUUUGCCCUAAAUGAUGAUAAGGUGGCUCUGGGGACCAGUAGGUGGUAGGGAGUGUAGGACACAUCCUCGAUUCCUCUAGAACAAAGCUGCUGCCAAGCUCCAUGCCCUCGGGAGAGGUGGCAUUCCUGUUGCUCUAGCUGGUUUGGCGGGUCCUUAACCUGGGUGCUUGUGGGCAAAGGGUCUUGCCGAACGCACAUCCUCUCCACAGGGCGAUGAGAGGCACAGAAGGGCACAGGCUCCAUCCUCCAGCUGCUUGCGAGCUCGGGAGGGGCCGCACACUUGCUCUGUCUGCCGGUCGGAGAGGGCUUCUCUGAGCUGGGCUGUGGAGGAGAUUUUAGAGGAAGAGGAGAAACAGGCCAAGCAGACGCUUGACUCAUUUGAGUUGCGUUUUCCUUUCUGCCUUUAUUGCCCACAUUUAUUCUCUAAGGUCUGCCUGAACUUAGGGGCUCAGAUGAUUUUUUGAGGAACCCCCCCCCCCAACCCGUCUGAGGCAGGGAGUGCAGCCCCCUGGCAGACACCAGGCAAGCCAGAUGCCAAAAACCUGAUUUGUCCAUGCUCAGCCUGGCCUGACCCUACCCUGCAGUGGGAUUUGCACACUGCGCCCACUGCUUCCUUAACGCCCACCCCGCCCCACCCCUGACUGCCAUCUUGUUUUCCCCUUUAAAGCAGUGGGUUUUUUUUUUCUCUCUCGCUCAAAUUAUUUUUCAACAUUUUCUGCUUUACAACAGUAUCCCGAUCUGAUGAUUUCUUUGACCUUCCCGGGCCUUUUGCGGGAUGUCUCUCAGGGAGUGGGGAUGUGGUUCCCUAGCAUUUAAAGUUGCUCUCGGAAGUCAGAACCUUAGAGAUCAUAACCGAUUCUCACAAGGUUUAUCAGACGGCCAUGCCCUCUGGCCCUCCAGCAACGGUGCAGCGUCAGAGUCUCCAGACAGAGGCCCUCGCACCCUGGUCUGCCAACAGGCUUCCUGGGUAGUUGUGCUACCCCAUUCCCUGGUGGAGAAGCAUACUGGGCUAGGCCAGCCCUGCCGUGUGGAGAAGGCAGAGCGCUCGCUCAGGGUCACAAAGUAAUGCUGUAGAGCCAGGGUUCCUAGACCCGGGCGUUUGGACUCCUGGCCUCAUGUGCUCAAGGGCCCCUCAAGCUUGAGCUCUAGAUCAGCUGUCUGGGAGCUGGAGCUGGCUCACUUGCUGCCAAACCCUUGGUUGAUAGAAGAGUAGAAGGACCCCAGAGGAAGAAGCCCCGGGUUUUCAAAUUGAUGCUCCCCCCGCCCCGUUUACCAGCCAUGCCACCAUUGGUGAAUUCUCUCUGAGACUCUGUUUCCACGUCUUUAAAAUGGGGGGAUGAUGAGCCUACCUCACAGGGCUGUUCUAAGGGUUACAUGAAACACCUAUCCUGGUUCUGUCCUAGGAGGUUCCCUGCGCAUGGUGGCUUCCUCCCUCCCUCCCUUCCUUCCUUUUCUAAGGACCUGCUGUGUGCUCACACCUGGGCAAGACCUUGCUUUGAGGGAGGCCGGAGAAGGGGUCCUAUCAUCAGGGAAUUAACUCUCCUAUUGGGACACCUGCCUGGAAUGCCCAGGAAACCAUCUGAGGCAGUGGAACGUGCAGAGGGUGUCCCCCCGCCGUACCCCACCCCCCCCGCCUCCUUCUCUUCCUCCCCCUCCUCUUCCUCCCUGCUUGCAGUUCUGACCUCUCUGCUUGGGGAUAGGCAGCGCACUUGGGCCGCUUCUUGCUGUGUGGGGAGUCUUUCCCCUCUCCGGGCCCGGGCCCAUAAAACAUUGCUUUAUGUUCUGAUUUGACGUGCUUGCUGCAAUCUCUGAAUCACAGUGAGAGGCAGGUGGCAUUCCAUCAGCAGGAGGUAGGUGUUGGUGUGGACAAUGAGACUACACUGGGUAGAUGCUAGCUUUAAUUGUUAUUAUUCAUCUAAGGGAUCAAAUUAAUUUAAUUCUGUGUUGUCUAUGGAAACUAGUAAACUGCAGAUAAGCUAAGGGUAUUAUUGUUGGUCUGGUGAGAUGUUUAAUGUUUGCGACAGAUAAUUCAGAAAUGGUGACUGCACGCUGCGUUUGGAAAGUCCCCGUCUUGAGGGGGUCGCGUCUUCGUCAGUAGCCAUCGCUCCAUCCUAUAUCAUGAGGUCCCCUGGCUCUUCAGUCGCAGAAACUGUUCACGUUGGUCUGGAGACCUCGAUCUCAGAAGUGUCUGCACCGUGCCUGAUCCGAUCAUGAAUUAUCCAAAGAUGAUGUAAAAUUUUAAAAUAAACGUGUUUUUCAAAAAGUU